GGGACUAUGAAAAAAUGGUCGGGCAAACGAGGAAUAAGCUCAGAGAACCGGCUUCAGAGCCUGUGCACGCUCCGCGCUGCGUGCAGUCUAGGCGGCGGCGCCGGGCGACCGGGGCCGGGGAGCCGGAGGUGGGGGAGGAGCGGCAGGAGGAGGUGGAAAAGCCGGAGCUGCCUUGGUCUGUAGGCGGCGGGAACCUGCCCGGGGGCGCCCGGCGGUUCUCGCCGCGGAGGACCCGAAACCCGAAAGCGCAGAAUUGCGUGCAACUGGAAGUGGCCUCGAGGACGCUUUUUCUCGGCCGCUUUCAAUUCCUCAGCUGUUUCCUGGAGCAGCUCCGCGACAAGGUGCACCUACUGCGGAGACGUCAUUUCUUGGGCAGGACCACCUAUGGCAUAGCUGCAUUUGUGGGAAUUUUGCACUGGAUACAUUUAGUAACACUUUUUGAAAAUGAGCGUCAUUUUUCUCACCUCUCAUCUUUGGAACGGGAAAUGACUUUUCGCACUGAAAUGGGACUUUAUUAUUCCUACUUCAAGACCAUUAUUGAAGCACCUUCAUUUUUGGAAGGAUUGUGGAUGAUUAUGAAUGACAGGCUCACUGAAUAUCCUCUAGUAAUUAAUACAGUGAAACGCUUCCAUCUUUAUCCAGAGGUAAUAAUAGCCUUCUGGUAUCGCACAGUUGUGGGACUAAUGAAUUUAAUUGGGCUAGAAACUAAAACCUGCUGGAAUGUCACCAGAUUAGGACCGGUAAAUGAAGUUCAAAGCUGUGAAGGAUUUGGAGACCCUGCUUACUUUUAUGUUGAUGUGAUUUUUAUUUUAAAUGGAAUAAUGAUGGGAUUGUUCUUCAUAUAUGGUGCAUACCUGAGUGGGACUCAGCUUGGAGGUCUAAUUACAGUAUUAUGCUACUUUUUCAACCAUGGAGAGGCUACUCGUGUGAUGUGGACACCACCUCUCCGGGAAAGUUUUUCUUAUCCAUUUCUUGUACUUCAGAUGUACAUUUUAACUUUGAUUCUCAGGACCUCGAACAAUAGUAGACGGCAUUUCAUUGCACUCUGUCUUGCCAAUGUUGCUUUCAUGCUUCCCUGGCAAUUUGCUCAGUUUAUACUUUUUACACAGAUAGCCUCAUUAUUUCCCAUGUAUGUUGUGGGGUACAUUGAGCCAAACAAAUUUCAGAAGAUCAUUUAUAUGAACAUGAUUUCGGUUCUCCUUUGUUUUGUGUUGAUGUUUGGAAAUCCAAUGUAUUUAUCUUCUUACUAUUCUUCAUCUUUGUUAAUGACAUGGGUGAUAAUUCUAAAGAGAAAUAAAAUUCAAAGAUUGGGAGUGUCUGAACUCAACUUUUGGCUAAUUCAAGGUUGUGCUUGGUUGUGUGGAACAAUCACUUUGAAAUUUCUGACAUCUAAAAUCCUAGGUGUUUCAGACCAUAUUCGCCUGAGCGACCUUAUAGCAGCCAGAAUCUUAAGGUAUACAGAUUUCCAUACUUUAAUUUACACCUGUGCUCCUGAAUUUGACUUCAUGGAAAAAGCGACUCCACUGAGAUACACAAAGACAUUAUUGCUUCCAGUUGUUAUAGUGAUUACUUAUUUUAUCUUUAAAAAGGCUUUUCGUGAUAUUUUGUGUGUCUUAUCUACGAAUACUUAUCUAAGAAAACAGCUCCUUGAACAUGGUGAGCUAAUUUUUCACACAUUGCAGUUGUUUGCAUUUACUGCUCUUGCCAUUUUAAUUAUGAGGCUGAAGCUGUUUUUGACACCUCACAUGUGUGUUAUGGCUUCCUUGAUAUGCUCUCGACGGCUCUUUGGCUGGCUUUUUUACAGAGUUCGUUUUGAGAAUGUUAUCUUUAGCAUUCUAACAGUGAUGUCAAUACAAGGUUUUGCAAACCUCCAUAAUCAAUGGAGCAUAAUUGGAGAAUUUAAUAAUUUGCCUCAGGAAGAACUGAUACAGUGGAUCAAAUACAAUACCAGACCAGAUGCUGUAUUCGCAGGUACCAUGCCUAUAAUGGCAAGUGUCAAGCUCUCGACUCUUCACCCCAUUGUGAAUCACCCACAUUACGAGGAUGCAGACUUGAGGGCCCGGACAAAAGUAGUUUAUUCUACAUACAGUCGAAAAUCUGUAAAAGAAGUGAGAGAUAAAUUGUUGGCAUUACAUGUGAAUUAUUACGUCUUAGAAGAGGCUUGGUGCAUUGUGAGAACUAAGCCUGGUUGCAGUAUGCUUGAAAUUUGGGAUGUGGAAGACCCUUCCAAUGCAGCUAACCCUCCCUUAUGUAGCAUCUUACUCAAGGAUGCAAGGCCUUACUUUACCACAGUCUUUCAGAAUAGUAUGUACAGAGUGUUAAAGGUUAACUGAGAAUGAGACUAC